UACAGUUGGCACAACCUUUCCUUUUUAGUGGUGACCUAUGAAGUAACUGUUGAUGCGACCUUUCUAAAUACCAGUUCCUCAAGUCAAGGACGAGUCUGUAUUAAUCGAUUAAAAACGUGUUCCAAUAAAAUAUCUGGAAGCAUCACGGUAUUCAAAGCAUCCUCAGAAUUCAAGUGCGUUGAUCCUUCCUUUGUUGUUGUUGUCAAAGAUGAUUGGACAAACAUGAGGGGUUUGUUUGUUCCGGUAGAGUUUGAGGUAGAGUUCAAUGUUUCCACUACUGGUAAUACACAGUGUACUGUUAGCUGUCCAGUCGUCAACAAGUUUGAUCCAAAUAACGACGACCCACUUGCAAAGACUCGAAAAUACUCGUAUGAAUUGGAAAGGACUGGAUGUGGAGAAGAUAACGUUUGUCAACCAGAUAUUCAGAUUUCAGUCACGUCAUUGGAUAGCAUUGUAACAGGACCACAAGCAGAAUACACAGCAGACAUCGCCAUCAACAACGAAGGAGAAUCAUCUUAUGAGACAGUGAUCAGUAUUACAUAUCAUUCUAAUCUGACAUUAGCCGACACAGGAAACACCAGUCAGGAGUUCCCUGUGACAUGUUCUCCUGCUGUUGGCUCAGUGCAGUGUAUUCUGGAAAAAGAACAAUUGAAGAAAGACGAAAUGUUCAGUUUCAGAAUAACACUUGAUAGUAGAAGUCUGUUGCCUGUGAUCAACGAAUUUGAGAUGAAGGUUGAGGUGAAAUCGAGAAGGAAUGAUAACAGUAUGGAAAGUAAGCUGUAUAAUAAAAUAAUCAAAGUACUGACAGUGGUGGCAGUCACUUAUAACCUAUCACCCGUCCCUGAAGUUUAUAUUACGAAAACAACCCCAGAAAGUCCUUCUGUAGAAGUAAUUCACAGUAUACUGAUCGUGAAUACCGGGCCUAGCCACCUGAUGGACGUAUUGACCUUUAACAUUGAAUAUCCUCAGUCCACACUAGUUAGACCGUCGAAAAUUCUUUUGAAUGUUUCCUCAGCCAAUAACGAUACUUUGAUACGAUGCCAGAAUGUUCUUCUGGAACCAGAGGGCGACACAAAUCUGACCUACAGAGCUUUCACUAUUCCCAUAAACAAAACGAAGAACUCAGAGCCUGCUGGCAAUUUUGAUUGUGAAAAGAACGAAGAAUGUAGUAGAGUCAAGUGUGAUAUUGGAACCUUUAUGUAUGAUAGUUUUAUAUCGGUGACCAUUUCCUACGAUGUUGAGCAGAAUCUGUAUGAAAUCAUCAAUGCUCAGGCAAGUGACAAUAAACCAUUUGUCCCAAUAGCAACAACAUUUAUUCCGGACACGGAGAACCCAGGGGUAGACUUAAAAGGUCAAGGAAACGGAAUGGUGAAAGUUGUAACGAAAUUUCUUCCCAGUACACCGAUGAAGAAGGAAGUUCCUGUGUUGGCCAUUAUCCUAUCCAUUGUUAGUUCAUUGGGAAUUCUCGUGGUUGUUGUCCUAGUACUAAAGAAGGUUGAUUGUGGAUAA